UGUUUGGACAAAGUAAAGUCACAGCAGCUCCUGCAGACCAGAGGCUGAAGCCCACGGGAGCUUCUCAGAGUGACUGUAAAGCGCAAACUGUGGGUGUGAGUGCGCGCUGAUGCCGAGCGGGAGGAGGAGAGGGCUCAGUUUGGAUAGAGGCGAGCGGGCGCGCAGGGAGAGCAGCUUUCACAUCACACGGACUUGGACGCUGUUUUUCUUGUCGCUCCUCCGUGUGCGACCGGUCUGCAGCUCACACGGCCUGAUGCUUGGAGAAAAGUGACAUGCGAACAGGAAUGAAGUCCUAAAUCCAGCAGGUUGAUCUGGUAAGCGGUGAAACAAAAGAUGAAAUCCAGGAGUCAGGACCAGAGUUUGUCUGACUCCAGGGAGCUGGACAGAUCUUACGACCCGCUUACAGGUAAUCCACCAUCCAAACCCAUUAAAAAGACCAUAAAGCAGCGGUUCCUCAAACUGCUCCCCUGCUAUCGCUCUGGCUCCAGCUCUACAUCUAAUCAAAGAAAUAUCAUCGAUGAUGCUGAACUGUCGACAGUGUGUUACAGACCAGAGGGGCUCGACCGACUCGUUGAGCAGACCAGCUUCAACAAGAAAGAGCUGCAGGUUCUCUAUCGGGGAUUCAAGAAUGAGUGUCCCAGUGGUGUGGUGAAUGAAGAGACUUUUAAAAACAUCUACUCCCAGUUCUUCCCUCAGGGAGAUUCAAGUAUGUACGCGCAUUUCCUGUUCGAAGCGUUUGACACCAACAACAAUGGCUCGGUCAGCUUUGAGGACUUCGUUAUCAGUCUGUCCAUCAUCUUGAGAGGCUCCAUCACUGAUAAACUCAACUGGGCCUUUAAUCUGUACGAUCUCAAUAAAGACGGCUGCAUCACCAGAGAGGAGAUGACAGAUAUCAUGCACUCCAUCUAUAACAUGAUGGGGAAGUAUACCUACCCCAACAUGAAGGAUAGUGCGCCCAAAGAGCACGUUGACAGCUUCUUCCAGAAAAUGGACAGGAACAAUGACGGAGUGGUCACCAUCGAUGAGUUCUUGGAGACAUGCCAAAAGGAUGAAAAUAUCAUGCAGUCCAUGCACAUGUUUGACAAUGUGAUCUAAGCCUUUGGUGGAUUUUCCCUCCUACCUGGAGCUCAUCUACAGUUCUUCAGCCCCCAGCCAGAGGGGAGGUGGGGGCGGGCUGGUGUGUGUGUGUGUGUGUUUG